CGCGACUUCCAGGCCGCCCGCCUCGACCGCCAUGACCGGGGGCCCUGUGCCCGCAUGCGCCCCCGGCCCUCCACUGGCCUGGCUGAGAUCCUCGUCCUCGUCGGCGGCUGCGACCGCGACUGCGAUGAGCUCGUCACUGUCGACUGCUACAACCCCCGCACCGGCCACUGGCGCUACCUGGCCGAGUUCCCUGAGCACCUGGGUGGGGGCUACAGCGUUGCCGCACUGGGCAAUGACAUCUACGUCACCGGAGGAUCGGACGGGUCGAGGCUGUACGACUGCGUCUGGAGGUACAAUUCCAGUGUGAACGAGUGGACGGAGGUGUCCCCCAUGCUGAAAGCCAGAGAAUACCACAGCUCCACGGUCCUGGACGGGCUGCUGUACGUGAUCGCCUCCGACAGCACGGAGCGCUACGACCACUCGGUGGACAGCUGGGAGGCUCUGCAGCCCAUGCUGUACCCCAUGGACAACUGCUCCACCACCUCAUGCCGUGGCAAGCUGUUCGCCAUAGGCUCCCUGGCUGGCAAAGAGUCCAUGGUUAUGCAGUGCUACGACCCCGACAGCGACCUCUGGUCCCUCGUGAACUGCGGCCACCUGCCUCCCUGGUCAUUCGCCCCAAAGACCGUCACUCUCAACGGCCUCAUGUACUUCAUCAGAGACGACUCGGCUGAAGUGGAUGUUUACAAUCCAGCAAAGAAUGAAUGGGAUAAAAUCCCUGCCAUGCUUCAGGUUCACGUCGGGGGGAGCGUGGCCGUGCUUGGCGGGAAGCUCUACGUCUCUGGUGGCUACGAUAACACGUUUGAACUUUCGGACGUCCUGGAAGCCUACGACCCCGAGACGCGAAUGUGGAGCGCGGUAGGCCGACUCCCCGAGCCCAUCUUCUGGCAUGGCAGCGUCAGCAUAUUCCGGCAGUUCAUGCCGGAAACCACACAGGAGGACGACGGCAUCACACUGGACAACACCAUCAACUUGAACAGGCAGCACCAAAACCUUCACAACCAGAACCUUAACGAGCUUCGUUAGCAGGGGAAAGCGCUGUCCGCCUGGCUCGAUGCAAGCUCAUUAUCCAGAACCCGUGUUGCUUUGAGAGAAAGCAGAGGCAAACGGGUGCUUGGAAACAAAAACGUACUGAUCGUAGAGGGAGUGAAAACUCUGAAUGUUUGGUGUGCUGUUGCGGAACCGCAGCCGGCAGACGGCGAGGCCUCCGCUGCGGCAUCCCUCGGCCCUCCUCUGGGGUGGGAGAAGGCGCUGCCCUGCCCGCAGAGGAGACCCGAGAAGAGAACUCUGAGGAAAGCAAUCGCAUUGAAUGACACCGCAGCAUCACAGCUUACGGCUUUUGGUCAGACGCCUUUCACUGGGAGCUCCGUCACCGUAACGCUUCAUUUGCCACCAAACUCCUUUCUUCCGUUUCUUUUUCGGGAGGGGUCUGUCUGGUAGGACGGUGGUCUGGACCCCCGCCUCUAUUCUGUGCCUCAGAGGAAGACAGACCUCCUGUGCACAUCUUCCUCUGCGCGGUUAGAGGGGGAAGGGCCUUCCUACGAGAGCUGGGGGUCUGUUAGGGGUGAGAGGUUAAUAUGAGAACAUGGCCCUUCCUGCCCUGUCGCUGUGGUCCUCGGUUCCCGUUCGUGCCCUCAGAAGGAGCAGACAUCCUGCAGCAGGGAUCUCGCCGAGGCUGGGUUAUGAAGCUUUACCUUGCCCUUUGUCUGAACUUCAGUUCUUCCUGUAUUUUGGUGGGUUUUUUUAAGUUGCAGCAUUUAAACUUUUGCAGGUAUUUGUUUUCCAACCCUUCCUAGCAGAGCACUUUUUCCUUCUAAGAAAUGCCCUUAUUUAUCUUUUAAUUGCAUUCUCACAACUAGGUGGUUUUAAUUUCUGAUCAUCCCAGCUGCGCCCCGCUUUAAGGGGAAGGGGAGAAGCGAGUACCCCUCUUAGCUGGCCCGAGGAGCAACUCCUGGGGCUGGCCGCUGCUGCCCUCAGGGAGGAGCCGUUCUCCCUUCCCAGUUUGACAGGGCUUGUUGAUCGUGGGGCUGAACUAGGCAGAAAAAGCUGCUGCUUGUGGCAAGGGCUGUUUGCUGUUGGUUCUCCUGUGCUGAGCCCUCGGCCGGCACGCUGGCCUGGGCAGAUCGGCCCCGUGCAGUGAGGGCGAGUUUUUAUUUCUUCACCGUUUUAAAGGAGCUAAGUCGACAUUGUACUAUUUUAGAAAAAAAAAAAAACCAAAACCAACCUUACUUGGAAAGGUGAGGUCAGCUUCCUCAGGAGAUUCGCCGCAGGCUUGCGGAAUUGCUGGUGGUGUUUAGAUACCUUGAUGCAGAAUUACUUUUAAAUGCGUCACCUUGUGCGAAGGAACCCACCGGACCUUUGGAGGGGUCUCGUGCCUGUCGCACCUCUGGUUUGCAGGAGCUCUCGGGAUUUGGGCAAUUGGAAAAUGCCGCUGAGGUGUUUUGGUGAAGGUGUAGGAGUUAGCCGGAGUGUUGUGGAUUGAAAGGUAGUUGUUUUAGGGGUUUUUUUCUUGUUUUUGUGUGGGGUUUGCUGGCUUUUUUGGCCUGUGUAAGAUUUGCCUUUAUACUCACCCAAGCGGCCUAGCUAGCUUGGGCUGCAUUUCCUCUAUCUACCUUAGCUGAAGAGAAGCUGCGUGCAGUUUACUCGUGGAAUGUUUCUUGAACAAGCGAAGAGCUGAAACUGCGGUACGGCUCACCCGGCAACAAGCAUCGCGCCUUCGAGAAAACUGUAAAGCACGACAACGGCUGAAGUGUUGGCUGGAUGCAUUCGCUUUUUCCGUCUUUUGUUUUUAACCAAUAGGAGAAAAAAUUGAAUUUAAACUUAAUUCAGAGAUGGAAAGCCCGUAUACUCGAUUGCACGCCUUCUGGCUUGCCCUUGGAUUGAGCAGUGUCAGAGACUCAUCUCCACGUCAGCGUCUUCGCAGCUUUAAAAAGAUCUGUCUUGCCUUGAAUGCCAUUUUACGCCACGUUCCUCAGCUGUGGAACUUGGGGAAGCCGCUCAUGAAAUCUGGGCGGUUCUCCACGUCUGAAACUUUGACAG